UAGUCGAAACUGGGCUCUGCAAUUCCAGGCAUCCAUGACGGCAGACGAUCCAAAACCUAGGUUCUUCGUGGCAAUUCAUGUGGGCGCGGGGUUCCACGCGCCGUCGAGUGAGACAGCUCUCAGGUCCAUCAUGAGACGAGCCUGCCUCGUCGCUGCUUCCGUUCUCAGCAAUGGACCUGGUAGGUGUGUAGAUGCUGUUUUAGCUGCAAUUCACCUUUUGGAGGAUGAUCCUAGCACAAAUGCUGGACGUGGCUCAAACUUGACUGAAGAUGGUCAUGUGGAAGGUGAUGCCAGUAUAAUGGAUGGUAAUUCUGGAAUAUUUGGGGCUGUUGGAGCAGUGCCAGCAGGUGUUAGAAAUUGCAUUCAAAUUGCUGCUUUGCUAGUGAAGGAACAAAUGGUCAGUUCAUCAUCCCAUUUAGGCCGAAUUCCUCCAAUGUUCUUGGUUGGCGAAGGUGCACGCAAAUGGGCACAGUCAAAGGGUAUUUCCUUGCCAGCAUGCAUACAAGAAGCCGAUGAGUGGCUCAUUACAGAAAAGUCGAAAAGACAGUGGAGAAAGUACCGAGCAAUGCUUCAUGAAGCCAAAACAAUUACUGUAGAUCAUUCUAGUGAAGAUACAUCUAAUCCUUGUGUGGCCUUGCCAGAAGUUCAACCAUGUCAUAAUUCAGUGGGAGAGAAGGAUCAAUGUCAAAUGUGGUCAAGUGCAACAAAAGAUGACACGGUGAUGGAUACGGUUGGAGUUAUUUGUGUUGAUAAUGAAGGAAAUAUUGCAUCUGGAGCAUCCAGCGGUGGAAUUGCAUUGAAGGUAAGUGGGCGUGUGGGAUUGGCAGCAACAUACGGUUCAGGUUGUUGGGCCUCUUCAAAAGAUCCUUUUGGAGCUCCAUUCAUAGUUGGUGGCUGUGUUACUGGUGCGGGUGAAUAUCUUAUGAAAGGUUUUACAGCUAGAGAAUGCUGCAUCUCUUCGUCAUUGUCACAAGAAGGUCCAGCCUCUGCCUGCACAAAAGUUCUAAAAUCGCUUAUCUGUCACUCCAGCCAGACCAGUAAUGAUCAAAGUGCAGGAAUUCUGCUUGUUCAAGCUGAUGCUCCUAUAAAUGCACCUGACGGUUUUCCAAGACUGAAAGCUGCAGAAAUCGCAGCCACCUUCACUUCCUUGUCCUUUGGUUUUGGUUAUUUUGGAAGUUCAAUGGAUCGGCCCAAGGUUUCAAUUCUUCGGAAGAGUAGUUCUGAACAACAAAAGCAGUUUGCAGCCCGAAUUAAUCUCUGAUGAAUUAUGAUAGUUUCUAGAGAUCUAAGAAAGAAAGAGGCUUCUCUAUCAGUUUGCAAAUGGAAACAAGUAUUUUGACCAUAUAAUUGCACUUUCUCUUCUUAAAAUAUAUUCACACUUUUUUUUAGUAGACUAUAUUAUUAUUGUUAUAAUGAACUUGCCAUUUUUAAAGUACUAAUUCCUUAUUUAUCUUAACUUUAGACCUU